UUCUCUGUUAAUCCCUCAGCUUCCAGUGACCAAAUGAACAAGGCCCCAGUGGUGAGCAAAGCUACGCAUCUCAUCAUGAAUUCUCUGAUUACAAAACAGACACAAGAGAGCAUCCAUCACUUUGAACAGCAGGCAGGGUUGACAGACGCAGGAUACACUCCCCAUAAAGGCCUCACCACAGAAGAAACCAAGUACUACCGUGUGGCAGAGGCAGUCCAUAAAUUGAAGUUACAAAAUGGAGAAAUGGCAAAAGAAGAUAGACUGACUGCUUCAACCCAGUCUUCUCCAAGUAGUACACCCCAUUCUUCUCCCAAGCAAAAGCCUAGAGGCUGGUUUACUCAUGGAUCUUCUACUUCCUUACCUGGACUAGAUAUCUGCAGCAUGGACUCUGAGAAUGGAGAUAGAGACAAACCCUCAUCUGAAAAAUGGAGCCUUUUUGGACCAAGAAGAACCCUUCAUAAAUCCCACUUGGGUUUCAGUGUCCAGUCCUACAGAGGUACUCAGAAGCCAUCACCAAUGGAGAUCUUUCAGGUUCAGGCUACUAGAAUUGCAGAAGACCCAGCAGCAUUCAACCCACCUAAGAUGGACCUUCCCAUGAUGGAAGGAAAGAAACCACCUCCACGAACCCAUAACAUCAAACCAAGGGACAUGAAUGUGUUGACUCCUACAGGAUUCUAAAGCUCCCCUUUUCAUAUGAGCAAAGUUGCUUUCCCUGCUGACCACUGUUAUGUAGAGAGAGAGUAUCUUAGACUUUUCUUUUCUUCCCAUCCAUCUUGCACUUGACAUAGGAAUGAUGUCA